GGGAACCAUGGAGCGGCAGGAGGAGCCGCAGAAAACAGCCCGGGACUUCGACCGACUGGUGCAGGACAGCAAACAGGAAAUUGAUACGGUGCAAGUUACCUUAGAGAAACUACGUGGACUCUCUCAAGAUGACAAAACAGAAAAUGCCUUGUUACGAUCUAGAAUAGAUGAACAGUCACAGCUCAUCUGCAUCCUAAAGCGUCGAGCAGAUGAAUUUUUACUGCGUUGCCAAGCUUUGGAAACAAUUAAUACUGAGCUGGAGAACCAGCACAAGGACCUCAAGCAGCAAUUAGAGAACCAACUAAAGCAGUCAACUCAGCUAGAGGCACGAUUCAUGGACCUGGCAUUCAAUCACCAAGAAAUUAUCAAAUUCAAGGAUGAAUAUAAGAGUCAGAAUGCGGAGCUAAGAAAGCAAAAUGAAAAACUCCGGAGAGAGAAUGAAAGUAUCUUCUGUAAAGCCCUGGGACAGAAAGAUGAUGAAAUAUUGAAGCUCUCUAAUGAGUUGGGAAAUUGUUUAAAGCAAUGCAGGGCACUCGAACAGGAAUGCAAUGAGGUAACACUGAAUUUACAAAGAAAAGAAAAUGAGUUCUUGCAGCAGAAAACAAGCACAGAGAAAUUUUAUCUGAAUGAAGUGCAAUCAUUAAGAGCAAAGCUGAAAGAAUCAGAGGAUCAAUGCAAUGUGGCUGAACUGAAGCAGAAAGAAGCUGAAGAAAACAGAUGUCAUGAAGAAACAGAACUACUUCAUAAAUUGCAUGAACUGUCCAAGGAGAAGGAAGAACUGCUGACACUUUCUAUGCAACGAGGGAAAAUAAUACAGGACAAAGAAAAGGAUGUUCUGCAACUGGAGGAGAAAUUAAGAUUGACAGAAAAAGCAAGAAAGAAAGCAGAAGAUCGGUUUCAAUAUGAAGCUGCAGUGGUAAAUUCAAAUGUAAAAGUCAAGGAGUUACAGCAACAGUACCAGAAAUCUCAAGAGGCUUAUGCUGACUUGGAAAGGGAAUUUGAAGCUUUCAAAAAGCACAGCAAUGACCUGCUAACUAAAGAAAAGGAAGUGAAUGAAAAAAUACGUCAUCUGAUUGAGUGA